AUGCCAGAUCCCAUCCACUACUUCAACGACUGCGACUUGGAGCCAGUGAUUGGAGAGGAGAGCUCCAUCGUGAUAGCUGAAAAGUCCGAGUUUGAUUUUGAUGGAUCCUUUGCAUCAGAUGGUGGUGAGAACAAGAAACCUAUGUAUGCGGCAACGUCCUUCUAUUUGGAUGCCUCUGGCCGUUCCCGAAUGUCACUCCCCCUCAAGUUCACCUUGCCAUCCAAAGAGGCACUGGAUGACUUUUUAUCCAAUGAUUGUAUUCAUCCAAUUCCUUCCAAUGUGGGAGAAGAUACUGGCGGAGGAGGUCCCUUUGGUAACCAUGGUGAUUCCAAGACCUCGCUAGGGUUUGAGGUCACCACUGUGGCCAUGCCAGUGGUCGAUCAUCACUUGGAUAACUCUUUGCAUUCCAUUUACUCGGCUGGAUCCCAAGGCUCCGACGACGAGGAAAUGGCAGCACGUCGCAGCAGUCUCACAAAUGCCCACAAACAACAACCAGCAUCGAGCCAUUGUGGAAGGAAUCACGGUGCUAUCUUCUCGCAUUGA